UAAGUUUCCGGCAGUUUCCGGGGAGACUCGGGAACUCCGCGUCUGGCUCGCUGGGUUCCGAUCACCCGGUGCUGCGGGGCAGGGUCGUGGGUUAGUCAUGGCGUCCCCGUCUCGGAGGCUGCAGACAAAACCAGUCAUUACUUGUUUCAAGAGCGUCCUCUUGAUCUAUACUUUCAUCUUCUGGAUCACUGGUGUUAUCCUUCUUGCCGUUGGCAUUUGGGGCAAGCUGAGCCUAGAGAAUUAUUUUUCCCUUUUAAAUGAGAAGGCUACCAAUGUCCCCUUCGUGCUCAUUGGCACUGGGACUGUCAUCAUUCUUUUGGGCACCUUCGGCUGUUGUGCUACGUGCCGAGCUUCUGCAUGGAUGCUAAAACUGUAUGCAAUGUUUCUGACUCUUAUUUUUUUGGUCGAACUGGUCGCUGCCAUCGUAGGAUUUGUGUUCAGAUAUGAGAUUAAGAACAGCUUUAAGAAUAAUUAUGAGAAAGCUUUAAAGCAGUAUAACACUACGGGAGAUUAUAGAAACCACGCAGUAGACAAGAUUCAAAGUAUGUUGCAUUGUUGUGGUGUCACCAACUAUAGAGAUUGGCAGGAUACUAACUAUUAUUCAGAAAAAGGAUAUCCCAAGAGCUGCUGUAAACAUGAAGAUUGUUCUCCACAGAGAGAUGCAGAUAAAGUAAAUAUGGAAGGUUGUUUUGUAAAGGUGAUGACCAUUAUAGAGUCAGAAAUGGGAGUUGUUGCUGGAAUUUCCUUUGGAGUUGCUGGUUUCCAGCUGAUCGGGAUCUUUCUAGCCUACUGUCUCUCCCGUGCCAUAACAAAUAACCAGUAUGAGAUAGUGUAGCCAGUAAAUUAUGGACUUCCUCCUCUCCAGCUUGCAGGAUAUUUACAUUACCCCCUGUGAACUUUGAGAUUGCCUGGUUGGAAGACUGCCUGAUUCUACUUACCAAUAGACUGAAAAACUACAUCAAUAGUCUGAUUCAAUCAGGACAUUUUUUCCAUAUAUGUCACCUUUUGUCCCAUUCAUGAUAGAUGGUUGAAACCCCCAUAGCACUCUCUGAAACACUGGAAGAGCUAGUAAAUGUAAAUGAAGAAAUACUAUGUUCCGCUUGACAUACCUGUGGGGUGUUUGAAAGGCAGUGGGAAUUUGCUAUUUUAAUGGAGUGUUAUAAAAUGGAAAAUUGACCCCUCUGAAUUUGCUACUGAUGUGGUGUGAUAGUAAAUUGACCUCUGUGAACUGGCCCCUUGCCAGCUAAGGUUAUCUGGUUUGAUCAUAUAAUCUGCAUCAAGAAGUUCUGAUGUUUUCAUUAGUCUUUGUUCUGCUGAUAGGCAGAGUCACAUUGUGUAAUUUAACUCUGGCCAGUAUUUGGAUGUCACCCAUCAUUAGAGGUGCCAGAUAGUGGUAACCGUCCCUGAACUAACACACCCAAGAAUUAGGCACUGCCAGUGUUUUGUGACACAUCGGGUUGUAGCACACUUAACACUUGACAUUUCUUUGCCUCCAAAUGAAGUUGUUUAUACUGAUGUUUAUAUUUCCCUAUUGUUUGAAAGGUUCUAGCUAUUUCUUAAUGGUGUUGGAAUUAUUGUACUUUACUUGGGAAUUUUAAAGCAACUCAUAUUCAUUACCGUAAGAUGGUACUUCCUUGCCAGGUUGAUACGACUUGUUAAUAGCACAGUCAGUUUUAAUAGUCAGUUUUGGUUUGGGGCUUUGAUUAAUAAAUACAGAUCUUUCAUGCAAUAAAUACUGUUUUCCUCUAAA